AGGACUUUUAUUUAGUUGUCACUCGUUUUCGCUUCACCUUGUUUUGAAGCAGCGGUGCAUCAUGGGAUACAAAAUGUCUCCUAGGAGUGCUGGCUAAUGCUAAUUAACGAGCGAUAACUGCGAGUAGAUAUACAUUUUAUGCUUCUUCCAGCUGUGAAAUUGUCAUAAUAUAUAAAUAUAUGAUACAUUAACUGUAUUCUGCUUUCGAAAUGUCAACGAAGUCGGAGUCCAGAGUGUCAAGCUCCAGCUCCAGAUCCGAUGAAAGGAGGCGAUCAACGAGCUCAGGUCAAGAAAAAACUAAGCGUAAACGCAGCCGUAGUAGAUCUUCCUCGUCUUCCUCGUCGUCCUCUUCCAGGUCAUCUUCAUCAUCCUCAUCGUCCUCUUCUUCAUCCGGUUCAUCACACUCAUCCAGCCACAGUCGGAGUAGCUCCAGCAGUAGCGACUCCCGCAGUAAAUCCAGAAAGAAGUCUAAGAAAAGGAAAAUGGACAAACAAUCAAAAAAACCGAAAGGCAAGAAAGAGAAGCGACACAAACGAAAAAAAGACAAGAAAGUAAAAGGAGGAGAAGAAAACGUGGGACCUGUACAAAUCUCCAAGUAUUUGAAUGACAAGAAAAAGGGCAAGUACAGCAUGAUUUCAGGGAAGAAGAUAAAGAUGAAAGUAAAAAAGUCAAAGAAAGACAAACAGCGGGAUAAAAACCGAGCCCAACUUCUUGAGUUCUUGAACUCUACCCUGUGAUGCCACUGUCGACCGCAGUGGUGGUGCUCGGGAAAACGUCAGCAGAACUCAGGAAAAACAACCUUCCAGGACAACAACAAUGACCAGUUUUCUGAGAAAAAAGGAUGAAUAUGACUUACAUUACACACACAAGGGCAUGAUGGAGUGAAGGAGCUGUAUCUCUUGCAGUGAAGAGAGAUGCGUUCAGACCACCAGCUUCACUUUCACCAUGGCACUGCACAGAUGGCUAAUUAUUUGGCUUAGUCUGAUAGCAUUUGUGAUAUGAGAAUGGUUUAUGCUGAGCAGUGUCAUCCAGAAACGUUGUCUGUAAUCAACUACAUCCCAUGAAGGCCAGUGGCUGGCAGCGAUCAGCUUCUCAACUUUGUUUGUGGUCACCCCUUUAGAAGUGUACUCCACCGAUUGAGCAUUUUGCCCCUAUAACCUUGUCGAAUUCACAAUGGACCAGAAAUAUUGUCUUUUUUAUUCCACGUAGUUUUCUUCCUUGUCAAAAACCAGGCGUUUACAUUUCCCACAAUGAAGUGUGCGUGCCGACAAUUCAGCCGGACAUUCGGGUGUGUUAUGGUAGCAGCGGCUAAUAUAGCCUCGAGCCGCUAUCCUUAAGCAGAGCUGAGGAGCGGCCUACAGAGGUCUAGUAAGCUCACUUCUGUCUAACUCAACUCAUAAUUAUUUCAGAUUUUCAAACUUGUAGUCUUCAGUCCCAACCCACGUUGACUUAAAAGUGACCUCAAUUGAGGCAGUUUACCAGACUUCAUGUAGCCAGAAACGGCUUUAGACUAAACUAUCACUCUCAAAUAUUCAAUAGCACUCCCCAAAACCUGUCAACAGACUUUAAUGUGUAACAUUGAUGUCCCUUUAAACUUUGAAAUAUUUAUUUAAACUACAUGUAGGACCGUCCAUACUUCUUUUUUUUUUGUAGAUAUCUGUUAUGUUUCCACAGUUAAUGUUUGCUGUGGUAGCCACGGUGUUAUCAGUCUGUACUGAUAUAUACUUGUUUGUAUUCCUUUGUUUAAAAUUAUGAGAAUUAAUUUUUUGAAGGUAACUGUAAAGGUCUUUUCUCCAAAUUCAGCUAUGAAUAUUAUAACAGUCAUUUUAUUAAAACUGAAAUACAAAAGACUGUUCAUCCCCCUGUACCAGUCCAGUUUAAAGCUUUUUAUGGAUGGAGUGAACCUGUUGUGUACUUCUGAAUUUUGAUGUGUGACAAACAAUGAAAAGAAACGGCAAUAAACUGCUGGAAAGACUUUACUUCA